UUCCUUCAAUUGCCUUGGUUACCCCGGACCCGAACAGUAGACUUGCGUUGUAAAGGGUCUUCGCGCCGAAUUGAAGCGAAUUAAAUAACUUCACUUAAUUUCUUGGGACAGAUUAGGGUUAAUUUCCAGACGCGAUGAAGAUAGAGGAGGUCAAAAGUACUACGAAAACACAGCGCAUCGCCUCGCACAGCCAUGUGAAAGGCCUUGGACUAGAUGAAGCCGGUAAUGCUAAGCAGACUGCGUCAGGCCUGGUGGGACAGGAGGCGGCAAGAGAGGCAUGUGGCAUCAUAGUGGAACUGAUUCGUGCCAAGAAAAUGGCUGGGAGGGCAGUACUGUUCGCAGGACCCCCAGGAACUGGAAAGACGGCCCUGGCAUUGGCCAUGGCCCAAGAGCUGGGCAACAAGGUUCCCUUCUGUCCCAUGGUUGGCAGUGAGGUGUACUCCUCUGAAAUCAAGAAGACCGAAGUGCUCAUGGAAAACUUCAGAAGGGCCAUUGGGCUGCGCAUAAAAGAGACGAAGGAGGUGUACGAGGGGGAGGUGACGGAGUUGACGCCGUGUGAGACGGAGAACCCCAUGGGGGGCUACGGGAAGACCAUCAGCCAUGUCAUCAUCGGCCUGAAGACGGCCAAAGGCACAAAGCAGCUCAAGCUGGAUCCCAGCAUCUAUGAGAGCCUACAGAAAGAGAGAGUGGAAACUGGAGAUGUUAUUUACAUCGAAGCCAACAGCGGAGCAGUCAAGAGGCAGGGGCGGUGUGAUACGUUCGCCACAGAGUUUGAUCUGGAGGCGGAAGAGUACGUGCCUCUGCCCAAAGGAGACGUGCACAAAAAGAAGGAGAUCAUCCAGGACGUCACCCUCCAUGACCUCGACGUAGCCAACGCCAGACCACAGGGAGGACAGGACAUCAUGUCAAUGAUGGGACAACUGAUGAAGCCCAAGAAGACAGAAAUCACAGACAAGUUGCGAGCGGAGAUCAACAAGGUGGUGAACAGGUACAUUGACCAGGGUGUGGCUGAGCUGGUGCCCGGCGUGCUGUUUGUGGAUGAGGUUCACAUGCUGGACAUUGAGUGCUUCACUUACCUGCACCGCGCUCUCGAGAGCUCCAUAUCGCCCAUCGUCGUGUUCGCCUCCAACCGAGGAAACUGCCUCAUCAGGGGUACGGAGGACAUCACGUCUCCGCACGGCAUCCCCCUGGACCUGCUGGACAGAGUCAUGAUCAUCAGGACCAUGCUCUACACACCACAGGAGAUGAAGCAGAUCAUCAAGAUCCGUGCCCAGACUGAAGGCCUCACCAUAAGUGAAGAAGCGCUUAGCCACCUGGGAGAGAUUGGCACCAAGACCACACUGAGGUAUGCGGUGCAGCUGUUGACGCCGGCGAGCCUGCUGGCCCGUGUGCAGGGGAAGGAGAACGUGGAGCGGGAGCAGGUGGAGGAGAUCAAUGAGCUCUUCUACGACGCCAAGUCCUCCGCUAAGAUCCUACAGGACCAGCACACCAAGUUCAUGAAAUAAUAACUCUCAUUCCUCAGGUGUGUGUGUGUGUGUGUGCGCGUGUGUGUGUGCGCGCGCGCGUGUGUGUGUGUGUGUGUGUGUGUGUGUGUGUGUGUGUGUGUGUGUGUGUGUGUGUGUGUGUGUGUGUGUGUGUGUGUGUGUGUGUGUGUGUUACGGUCAUUACACUCAUUCUCUUGUAAGCCCUGUUGCAGGAUUUCUUUUUUGUUUGUUGUUGAUUUUUAAGUGUUGUUGGAAUGUGAGUAUCGCUUUGAUAAUAAAAGAAAGACUUAAAGUUG